GCUUUCACCUUUUACGACAGUUUUCCGGCCUUGAUCGUGGCCGCGCCUGCCGUUUUGUCUAGGGUGCCAGUAACUGGACGUUUGGCCCCUGCUCGGAGUGGCCCUUACUCUCUGGUAGGGGCGUGGAGUUGAUGGCCACCGCCUCAGGGCUGGGAUGAACCGCGUUCUCGUUGGAGGCAGCGGAGCCGAGCCGGAGCCAUGGCCAGUACAGUGGUAGCAGUUGGACUGACCAUUGCUGCUGCAGGAUUUGCAGGCCGUUACGUUUCGCAAGCCUUGAAGCAUAUGGAGCCUCAAGUCAAACAAGUUUUUCAAAGUCUACCAAAAUCUGCCUUCAGUGGUGGCUAUUACAGAGGUGGGUUUGAACCCAAAAUGACAAAACGGGAAGCAGCAUUAAUAUUAGGUGUAAGCCCUACUGCCAAUAAAGGAAAAAUUAGAGAUGCUCAUCGACGAAUUAUGCUUUUAAAUCACCCAGACAAGGGAGGAUCUCCUUAUAUAGCAGCCAAAAUCAAUGAAGCUAAAGAUUUACUAGAAGGUCAAGCUAAGAAGUGAAAUGUAUGAUGAUUUUUAAAGUUAUCAGUUUUGUGUACAAGUACCAGCUUUUUAUAAAAUGUCCCAAAGCUACAAAUUUUAAAAAUGAUUUAGCACAAAGUCAAAGCCUUGUGUAAAUUUGUUUAAAUUUGAGGAUUUUGUCAGAUUAUACAAUAUUUGGAGAUUACUGCUCAAUAAUUAUGGGUAAAUACAUACCACUUGAAUAGAAAUACUUUUCAUUACUCAUUUAGCAAAUAACUUAGUACGUACUUCAGGGCAAAGUGAACAUGAAGGUCUCUCAAGGAACCCCAAUCUAAUGGGAGACUGAUAAACUGAUAAUUAAAAUACAAUGUGAUAAAUAGUAUGAUGGAAUAUGUUAUGGUAGACUCAUCUCAUUGGGAAGAAAGGUUGUCAAGGUACAGUGAGCUGGCUCAGCAGCUUGGAGCUGUGAAUUUAACUACACAUUUGACCUUAAAAAAUUGGUAUGUCACUGACAGGAGUCAGAUUUCAUACAUUAAAAACUUGAUUAAAAAAGAUGAGUGUGUCUUGUUUUU